AUGGAUCUGUCGAAACUCGCUCGACCCGCUAUUCUCUGCCAGUGUUCACGCUGUUCGAGCUCCCUCGCUGCACUCGAAAAUGAGUGGGCAAGGCUGUCCAACUCUUACGCUGUCGCUACAGGAUGGCUGAGCGUCGAACUUCACCGGAUCUCGAUCUCAACGGAGAAGAAGCAGGUGCCGCAGAACUCUGAAAUGAGCCUUUUGCGGGGGCGUAUCCUGCAGGAAAUUGCUUGCAAGCUGUGUCAGCAGAAACUGGGGGUUCUGUGUGCUUUAGACGAUGGCCCUAAUAUCUUCUGGAAGCUAUCCAAGGUAUCAUUUAGGGAAAUCGUCACCAUGCGCACCGUUGAACCCCUUUUCAAAGACGGAUCCAUCGAACGUAUCCUCUGUCCGACUCCGAAAGAGUCCACCAGCCGGGCUUUAGUAUCUACCGGUCCUCACGAGGUCGACGGGAAUACCAUGUCGAUGGAACAGCAGAUUCAGCACCAAGGUGUCAGCAUUGAUCACAUCUCCAACUCCGUUAACAACCUGCAUGAUACCAUGUCGGAAUUGAAACAUUCCUUCACAUCGCUUCGGAUAGAGUUGAAUGGUCCUGGGCGACUUCCCUCUGACAGUUCCAGUACUCACGGAAGCGAUUUCGAUAUGAUCAGGACGGUGUUGAAGGAACUCAAAUCAAAAGCUGAAGAAAUCGAGACAUUGAAGUUGGAGAUCCAGGCUCUCCAGUUGAAGAACCGAUACAUGGAGGAGCAAACAACAAGGCACCCUGCUGCAACUUUCGGCAUGGAAACGAGUGGUAUGCCAGAAGUUCGGAGUCCUGGGCUCCUUCAUGUUGGUAGGAAACGGCCCUGGCCUGACUCGUUCCCGAGUGGUCGCACCGAGCCCAUUGCGGACUCGUUCGAUGAGGAAGAUGACACAUUCGGCGACUUUUCACUCGCGGAUAUGCAUGCUCAGUCGGUCAAAAUUCCCUUGAAAGACCCUGAGCCUGUCCGUGCCAUAACCGAUUCAACGCUCCGUCAGAUACCGCCUGAGUCGCCUAGACUUCGCAUUGAGGUCACUCGAUCGCGUCAACAUACGCCUCACUUCGACAAUAUGGUCGAAGACACUCAAGGCACAAAUAUGGGCACACAACAGUCCACCGUGGUCAAGCGGCCUCGUAUAUCCCAUUCGGCUGACCGGCCUUCCGGAGGAAACACCGAGAAGAGAAGGCCAGGACGACCGCGUAAAUCAUUCAGCCAGUCUACCAAGCCGGACUUCUCUCAGUCACCAAAACCGACACCGUUAAGCGAACAAAAUGGCAACGUUGGUACAAGUACUCAAAAUGAGCAGAUACCGUCAAACACAAGCCCUAGCGAAGCACUGGAGGCCAGGCAACGGGGUUCUACUCGUUCGCGAACCUUGCGCAGUCAAUCGCGACCCCCUUCACGGCGUCAGUCUGGCAAUGCAGUUUCCCAAUCGAUGAACGGGGUUCAGAAUGCAUUAGAAGGGAGUCGACCGAUGACUACGGAGGAAACAUCACAACGCUCAAACAAAGAAGCAGGCAGUCAACCACAGAAUAAUGAGAUUGACUCCACGAAGGAGAAUCUGCCGACAUCAGCGCAGACCAAGCCUUCGGGCAUUAACAAUGAUGACGAGAGACGAAAGCUGAUAGCAGCGCGGGAUUUGGUGGCUCGCUUAGCAAUGCAACACGAGGAAGCAAUGGAGACCGAGGAGGGUCGGUGA